UGCGGAGGCCAGUCAACAGCACAAGCCCCCGCUCUGUUCCACCGCCAAACCCUGCCACUCCUCCCCCGCCGACUUCCCUUCCUGCCCGGCGGUGCUCCGCUCUUAUAUGUCGCUCUCCUCCUCCCUCCUCUCCCCUCACACGCCCAGGCGCCUCCUCCGCCCCCUCCUCCUCCCUCUCCGCCUCUCCUCCUCCUUCCCCUCCCCCGCGGCCUCGCCCCUCGCAAUGCCUCCCCGCCGCGACCACGGCAAGCAGCCGCAGCAGAAGUGGAAGCCGAAGGCUGCUCCGCCCCCCGCGGCCGAGGAGUUCGCUGGAGGCGUCAAGAAGAUGACCCUUGCACCGAAGGCCGCGGCGGCGCCGGCGGCGCAGGUGUGGGUGCCCAGAGGCUACGCGACCUCGGCGUCCCCGUCCUCGUCCUCCUCGGUGGCCGCUGAGCAGGGUGGUGCCAGCGAUAAGCUGUCCAGUAUCUUCAACGGGGCCAAGGACUUCUCGGUGGACAACAACACCUUCACCGAGGCGAAGAUCAGGGCCACCUUCUACCCCAAGUUCGAGAACGAGAAGUCCGACCAGGAGACAAGAACCCGGAUGAUUGAGAUGGUUUCACAUGGAUUAGCUACCAUGGAGGUUACGCUGAAGCAUUCAGGAUCUCUAUUCAUGUAUGCUGGACACUAUGGUGGUGCAUAUGCCAAAAACAGCUAUGGAAAUAUCUACACUGCUGUGGGCGUUUUUGUUCUCGGGCGCUUGUUUCGUGAAGCUUGGGGGAAGAAAGCCCCUAUAAUGCAAGCAGAAUUCAAUGAUUUUCUGGAGAAAAAUCGUAUAAGCAUUUCAAUGGAACUUGUGACGGCUGUAUUAGGAGAUCAUGGGCAAAGGCCAAAGGAUGAUUAUGCCGUGAUUACAGCUGUGACAGAGUUGGGUCAUGGCAAGCCAAAAUUUUUUUCUACUCCAGAAGUGAUUGCAUUUUGUCGGAAAUGGCGCCUACCAACAAACCAUGUCUGGCUAUUUUCUACAAGGAAAUCAGCCACUUCAUUCUUUGCUGCCUACGACGCUUUGUGUGAAGAGGGGACUGCCACACCUGUUUGCAAAGCCCUUGAUGAAAUAGCUGAUAUAUCUGUACCAGGGUCAAAGGAUCAUGUAAUGGUGCAGGGUGAGAUACUCGAAGGUCUGGUUGCCCGUGUUGUCAGUCGUGAAAGUUCGGUUCAAAUGGAAGAAAUCUUGAGGAACUUUCCACAGCCUUCAUUAGAUGGAUGCAACUCUGAUAUAGGACCAAGUUUACGAGAUAUAUGUGCUGCUAAUAGGUCAGAUGAGAAGCAGCAAAUUAAAGCUCUUCUUGAAAAUGUUGGAUCUUCAAUGUGUCCAGACCUCUGUGAUUGGUUUGGAAAUAGUGGUAUUGAGGCCCAGUCUCGAAAUGCUGAUAGAUCAGUUGUUACACAUUUCUUGCAAGCACAUCCUACGGACUAUGCAACUAAGAAAUUGCAGGAGAUGAUUCGUCUGAUGAAGCAGAGACAUUUCCCUGCAGCUUUCAAAUGUUACUGGGACUUCCAAAAAGUUGAUUCUCUUUCAAAUGAUAACUUGUACUACAAGAUGGCAAUCCAUGUGCACAGUGAUUCAGUUUUUAAACGUUAUCAGCAAGAGAUGAGGAGAAAUCAAGGGUUGUGGCCACUGUACAGGGGUUUCUUUGUUGAUAUAAACCUGUUCAAGGCUAAUAAUAAGAAGGCUGCUGAACUUUCGAAAGACAGUAACACUUUACUGAAAAAUAUUGAUGGUUCCUUGGAUUCUAGUUCGUCAACUAAGGAUGAUCUAGCUGAUGAGGAUUCAAAUUUGAUGGUUAAACUAAAAUUCCUGACCUAUAAGAUAAGGACAUUUUUAAUUCGAAAUGGCCUGUCCACCCUUUUCAAAGAUGGCCCAUCUGCUUAUAGAACUUAUUACCUGAGGCAAAUGAAGAUUUGGGGAACAUCACCAAGUAAACAGAAAGAGCUUAGCAAAAUGUUGGACGAAUGGGCUGUCUACAUUAGAAGGAAGUAUGGGAAUAAGCAACUUUUAUCCUCAACAUAUCUUAGUGAAGCAGAGCCUUUCCUUGAACAAUAUGCUAAGCGCAGCCCUGCAAACCAGGCUUUGAUAGGGGCUGCUGGUAACUUGGUUCAAACAGAGAAUUUCUUGGCCAUACUGGAGGCGCAUAGAGAUGAAGAGGGUGAUCUUCAGCCAGAACGCGGGACAUCACCUUCUAGUCCUACAUCGACCUCCCUAGAUGUUGUUUCGAAAACUGAGGGUCUUAUUGUCUUCUUUCCUGGUAUACCUGGUUGUGCAAAAUCUGCUCUAUGUAAGGAAAUAUUAAACACGCCUGGUGGCCUUGGUGAUAAUCGCCCUCUUCAUAGCUUGAUGGGAGAUCUUAUUAAAGGAAGAUACUGGCAAAAGGUUGCCGAUGAGCGGAAAAAGAAACCAUUUAGAAUAACCCUCGCUGACAAAAAUGCACCAAAUGAAGAAGUUUGGCGGCAGAUCGAGGAUAUGUGUGGGACGACGAAAGCGGCCGCUGUCCCUGUUAUUCCUGAUUCUGAAGGCACCGAGACAAAUCCAUUUUCUCUUGAUGCUCUUGCUGUUUUCAUGUUUCGUGUGCUACAACGGGUCAAUCAUCCUGGAAAUCUGGACAAGGCAUCACCAAAUCCCGGCUAUGUUUUGCUAAUGUUUUACAACCUAUAUGAUGGCAAGCGUCGAAGAGAUUUCGAAAGCGAACUGUAUGAGCGUUUUGGCUCCUUGGUUAAGAUGCCACUCCUGAAGCCAGAUAGAGCUCCAUUGCCUGGUGAUGUGAAGAGCAUCUUAGAUGAGGGCAUUAGCUUAUUCAGACUGCAUCAAAGCAGGCAUGGAAGAGCGGAGCCCUCAAAAGGUUCAUAUGCUAAAGAAUGGGCGCAAUGGGAGAAAAGGUUGCGCGGGGUCUUGUUGGGGAAUGCUGAUUAUCUUUCCUCCAUCCAGGUUCCUUUUGAUGUUGCGGUGAAAGAAGUACUGGAACAGUUGAAAGCCGUAGCGAAAGGUGAUAUCAAAACACCUGAUACUGCGAAGCGGAGGUUUGGCAAUAUCGUCUUUGCGGCUGUUACGGUACCCCAGGCAGAUAUAUUGGGUCUUCUCCGAGAGUUGGGCAAGAAUGACAGUGAUGUCAACACUUUUCUCAACGGCAUAAAAGUGGAGGAUAACCUGAGCAAGGCUCAUGUCACCCUUGCCCACAAAAGAGCACAUGGUGUAGCUGCAGUUGCAAGCUAUGGCGUCUACCAGAACCAGGAAGUCCCUGUAUCAUUUAAUGCCUUCCUCUACACUGAUAAGAUGGCUGCUCUUGAGGCGCAGCUUGGAACAAUAAAUGGCGAGAAGGUCAAUUCCAGGAACGAUUGGCCACAUGUUACUCUUUGGACAGCCCCUGGUGUUGCAGCAAAGGAAGCAAACACGCUGCCUGAGUUGGUUUCAGCAGGGCAAGCAAAACGAGUGCCGAUAGAUCCUCCAAUCACCAUCUCAGGAGUGCUAGACUUCUACUGAUUACCCAUCUUGAUUUUGGAAUUUAGUGGUGUAGGCUUGAACAUAGAAUCAGGAAUCGUCGGCGAGCUGAUAGUGGCUACAGCUUUGUAAAUUGGUUGACUUUCAUGCCACAGAUUUCCGAGGGACUACACUUGCUGGGAUAGGUGAAAUAUAUCUCAGAUGUGAAUUACAAGAGGUAAUGACUAAAUGAAAAAUGUUUUGAAACGAAUGAUUUGUCAUCAGUAGCUGGCUGUCGUAUUUUCAGUGGAAAAGAACCCAAAAAAGUGGAUUCCUAUGCUUAUCAUAAAUUUGUACUCGUACUACCUUUGACA